UUCUUUUGAAUUUUUUCUUGAUUAAGAAAAAAAAAAUUGCUGAAGAUUCGUCAGAUAAAAAUGUCUUCUUUUUAAAUAUUUAAGAGGUGUGAGAUUGACAGGCAGAUCCCACCGAAAUAAAUUAUUAAUUCAACACAUCCCAUCUUCAUAAAACCCAAAGAAUUCACCAUCUUUAAGAUAUAAUUUUUAUUUUUCAUCUUGGAGGAGGGGGUGGAAAGGGACACCUCUGUACUAGAGAUGAUGUUGGGUGUUUCAGGGAUCAUGAGCGAAGGAGGUGGCGCAGCACCAGAAGGUCACGAGAGUGGCGGAGCAAGUGGUGGAAGUAGUGAAGUUGGCGGCGGUGCCACCUCGAUUCCUGUUAGGUUCAGUGAAGAAGACAAGGCCGCGGGUGGUGCAAGAAUGGAGGAGAGUGAGAGGAGUGUCGGUGGCAACCGGUGGCCAAGGCAAGAAACAAUGGCUCUGAUUAAAAUUAGGUCAGAUAUGGCGGUUGCUUUUCGAGAUUCAAGUCUCAAAAGUCCAUUAUGGGAAGAAGUUUCUAGAAAAAUGGCGGAGCUUGGAUUUGAACGAACCGCCAAGAAAUGCAAAGAAAAAUUCGAGAACUUGUACAAGUAUCAUAAGAGAACAAAAGAAGGCCGCGCUGCAAAGCAAGACGGCAAGACUUAUCGGUUUUUUGAUCAAUUAGAGGCUUUGGAAAGCAAUACUCCACAGCCUGUAUUGGAGGAGCCUCAGCCUCUGAGUAUGGUGGCGCCCCCACCAAUUCCAAAACCCGUAAACGUGGCACAAAAUGCUGCUGCUGCCGCCGUGCAAGGUGCAAAUAAUUCAACUUCUUCUUUAUUUCAGCAAUUGCAACCACCACCAUUGCAGCCGGCACUGCCACCACCAACAAUGAACACCACUUCUACUACUACUACUACAUAUCCUCCUCAAAGCCAUAAUUUUCAUCCCUCUAAUAUGGCAUUCUCAAAUUCUUCUUCUUCGACUUCAUCGGAUGAGGAUAUACAAAGGCGAAGCGGGAGGAAGAGAAAAUGGAAGGAUUUCUUCGAAAGGCUGAUGAAGAAUGCAAUCGACAAGCAAGUGGAACUUCAGAAGAAAUUCUUGGAAACUUUGGAGAAACGGGAGCGCGAUCGAAUGGCGAGGGAAGAGGCUUGGAGGGUGCAAGAAAUGGCACGAUUGAAUCGGGAGCAUGAUCUUUUAGUCCAAGAAAGAUCAAUUGCAGCAGCUAAAGAUGCAGCAGUAAUUCAAUUCUUGCAGAAAAUAACUGAGCAACAAAACUUGCAAAUUCCAAUCAGUAAUGCUAAUCCACCUCAAAUGCCGAUGUCAAUGCCGAUGCCAAUGCAGGUACAACCACCCGAAAAUACCCCGCCACCAGUUCCGCCUCCGCAACCAGCAGCUCCUCCACAACAGAUACCAGCACCGGCUCCAACAGUUGCACAGGUGGUAGUGACUCAAACAAAAGUUUUGGAUACUCCAAGAACUGAUAACAACGGUGGUGAAAAUUUUAUGCCGGCGAGUUCUUCUCGGUGGCCUAAAGCUGAAGUUCAAGCUUUGAUUGAUCUCCGAACAAGUCUUGAUCUAAAGUACCAAGAAAAUGGACCAAAAGGACCUCUGUGGGAGGAGAUUUCAGCUGCCAUGGGGAGGCUUGGAUACAAUCGAAAUGCAAAAAGAUGCAAAGAAAAAUGGGAGAACAUCAACAAGUACUUCAAGAAAGUUAAAGAAAGUAACAAGAACAGACCUGAGGAUUCAAAGACAUGCCCAUAUUUUCACCAACUCAAUGCUUUAUACAGAGAAAGAGCCAAGACUGAUUCUUCAUCCAAUCCUGGAUUCUUAAUGAAGCCUGAUCAAAAUCCAAUAAUGCCGAUUAUGGCUCGGCCUGAACAGCAAUGGCCUCUUCCCCAGGGCCAGCACCAAGAUUCUGCACUGGACGAUCGCGGGAGCGAGAAUGUUGAUGAAAACGAUGAUCACGAGGAUGAGGAUGAUGACGAGGAUGAAGAUGAAGGUGCAAAUUACGAGAUUGUCACAAACAAGCAGCAAUCUUCAACACCAAACACAAACACAAACACAAACACCAUUGAGUGAGCCUAGUGACAAAGAGAGAGUUAGUGAGUGAAAGAGACAGGUGGCUGAGUUGUUAAAAUGAGGCAAGUGGGCGGAGCUUUUGGUGAUGGGACAGAAUUGCAGGAGGUGUCAGAGGGGCGGAGGAAAUAAGUGGGACAGAAAACCGGUGAGGAUAGCGGUGAAAAUUUUGAAAAGGCAAAGUUAAAACAGAAACACAUGGGUGGGGUAGUUGGGCGUGGAGAGUGUAAGGAUAUAGAGGUUAAGCGUAUUUUUGUAAUUUAUUUAUUAUUUUGAAAAUAAAUAAAUUGAGGGUGGCGCGGAAAAAUAGAGAGUUUCAAUUCGAAGAACAAAUAAGGAAACAAUCUUUGCUUUUCCUUU